AUGUUGCCAAUAAAAAGAUUCUUGUUUCUCAAGCCUGGCUCCCGAAUGCUGAGCAUUGUUCCGGGCAAUUCUGUUGGCAGAUUCUUGAAGUCCAAUCCGUCGACAGUCACCGUCGAUUCCACUUGGUAUUUCCCCAACGACCCCAGAAAUGCAUUCGCGGAGUUUACCAAGCAUCGCCUCACCGACAAAACUGUUUUCUUCGAUAUCGAGGACGUCAGCGACCACUCGAGCCCAUUUCCUCACAUGCUUCCAUUGCAAUCGCAGUUUGAGUCCCAGGUCAGCAAAUUGGGCAUUCGAAAUGAUUCUCCCUUGUUGAUCUAUGAUAGGAGCGACGUUUAUAGCUCGUGCAGGACUUCGUGGAUGUUUGAGGUUUUCGGCCACGAUUUGGAGAAAAUUCACUUGCUCGACACUUUUGCUGGAUCUGAUAUGUCCACCGAUCAUCCUAUUGACUCUGUUUCCCAAUUGCCAGCGUCAGAAUACAAGGCUACGUUUGAUAAAUCUAAGGUGAUUUUAUUUGAGGAGCUCAAAGAGCUCGUCUUAUCAGAUAAGAUAGGAAAGGACUACAGCGUUGUCGAUGCAAGAUCUGGUCCAAGAUUCAAAGGCGAAGCUUCGGAAAUCCGUCCAGGCUUCCUAUCAUUCUUAUGUGUGGCUCUGGAGUGA